GACAACAACAUCUCGGAGUGGCGUGUGGUGGACGAGCUGGCGAAGCUCCCCUGUCUGGUCCAGUUUUCGUGUAGCGGUAACCAGCUGGUGAGCAGUGACGGAAACCCCAAGACCGCCACGCAGAUGCUGAUCGCCAAACUGGGACAAGUGGUCCUCCUCAACCGCAAUAUACUGCGGCCCGAGGACCGGAGGGGGGCGGAGCUCGACUACAUCAAGAUGUUCGGAGAGGAGUGGCUGAAGGCCGGGGGGGCGAGCCAGCUCAGCACCCAGUUCUCCAGCCAGCACCCCCGUUACCAGAGUCUCAUCAGCAAGUACGGCGCUCCAGAGGAAGGCGAGCUGAAGAAACAGGAACCCUUCGCCCUAAAAAACCAGCUGUUGAGGAUUAGCUUUGUGUUUCCUGACGACGCCGACCGCAAGCCGAUUGAGAAGAAACUUCCAGCGUCCAUGGUGGUUCAGAAGGUGAAGGGACUCCUGUACAGACUGCUGAAGGUUCCUGCAGCCGACCUGAAGCUCACCUACACCUGCAACCAGAAGGUGGGGACGGAGUUCGAGAUUGACAGCGACCUGAAGACUCUACAGUUUUACUCCAUAGAGGACGGAGACCAGGUGUUGGUGCGCUGGUCCUGACCCGGGACCAGGCGGUGGAGAUCCGGCCGCUAGGUCCACAGCAGAGACACAGCAGAGACACAACAGAGACACAACAGAGACCGAACUUAACUUGUGUAUUUGACCGAGACACAGACUCACACUGGAUUGUGCGUGUCAGAAACUAAACUGCACCGCGUUCCUUCAGGACUCAGAGUCCUCAUCGAGUCCCUGAGUGGAAGCUUCUCGUGGACUAACGGCGUUUUUCCACUGCGUGGUACCUCCUCGACUCUACUCGCCUUCUCUGUUUUUCCAUUGCAAAACAAGUUUACUUUAAUUAGGACCCCCCUCCGUCGAGAAUCCGAGAGAGCUGAGGCGACACCAAAAGGUGACUGCUGAUUGGUCGGAGAGAAUCGUUUUUUUGCUUUCUCCAGCUUCUUUAGAAACUAAAUGUGUCUCCUGGCAAACAGCCUCACGCCAAGAAUCAAAGUCACCGCAAACCCCUCUAGCUAGCGUUAGCGUUGGCUAGCGUUAGCGUUGGCUAGCGUUAGCGUUGGCUGGCGUUAGCUAGCGGCUACCGACCGUUGACGUUAGCCGCUAGCUCAUACUAGCAAUUUCUAUCCGACGACUAUUUUGGACUUCAUUUCAUGAACAUACAGUAACUUGUAGUAGUACACAAUCGUGUGUGUAUUGUUAUGAUUACAAUGCGCCAAAUUACUUUACGUUGCCUAUUUAUGUCUAUUUCUCACGGCGUCUGUACGCCAUCAACAGGGGGCGCCAUUGUUGUUUAUGUGUGUGUGACGACAAAACAAUCUGGGACAAGUUCACGGGUCGUAAGUUACGGGUUUGACUGUCGGUCCAGGGCGCUUUCACAGGCAGAAGGUUAGGAAAACACGAGUUACUGGUCGAGGAGGACGGGCCGAGCCAAGCCGGGCCGAGCCGGGCCGGUACCGUGUUUUGGAAAAACGCCAAAAGUCUUUCAAGCGUGUUUUUAACUCGGCGACUAGCCGCCGUUUCAAAACUGACAAUUGGUCACGCUUUCAGAAUCAUUUUAGUCGUCAUUGUAAAACAUUGUCACAACGAAAUUAAAGUGCUACUCCU